AUGAAUGCUAGCCUUUUAAGGCAAAUCUCGGCUGAUGUUCCACCUCAGCCUAUACAAGCCAUGCUGCGAUGCAUAAACCGUAUUUUGAAGAGUUCUACGACGCGGGUACCUCACAUGCCAAAGGGAUUUUCAUCCACUUACGAAGCCUUUCUCGGCGGGAAUAGAACUACGACUCGUGAAUGGCAGCCUAUUGCAAUGCAUACGUACGCUGGUUGGGAGGACCUGGGUUGGAAGCGAGGAGCUAACAUAAUUCAGACGGUGAACACUGGUGAAAUGCGGAGAAAACCGACCAGAAAGGAAUUCAUCGUCUAUUUUUGUGUUUGGUCUCAGGUGUUGCAGAUACAAGUGGGCAUUUUGAGUCGACCUCAGCACUAUUCUUACCCCUUACGGAACACGCUUCUUCCAAGAACUCCAUCGAAGCAAUUCACGAUCUGCAUUAUGUAG